CCAUCCACGAAAGACACCAAGACGCUGUCAAGAACUGUAGCGCCCCACAACCACGUACCCAAGGACUAUCUAUACGUUCGCUGACGCUGCUUGUGGGCUUCCACAUACGACACCCAACCCCCGUCGCCGCGCCCUCUCACCUCGGACAUGCCUCCGCAAAUCAAGCAGGACCUCAACAGGUCAGGAUGGGAAACUACCGACUUUCCGUCCGUUUGCGAGAAGUGUCUGCCGGACAACCCCUAUGUGCAGAUGCUAAAGGAGGAUCAUGGAGCUGAAUGCAAGAUAUGCACACGACCCUUCACUAUAUUCCGCUGGAAAGCCGACCGCACCGCCCGACAGAAGCGCACCAACAUCUGCCUGACAUGCGCGCGCCUCAAGAACUGCUGCCAGUGCUGCAUGCUGGAUCUGUCCUUUGGUCUGCCCAUCGUCGUUCGUGAUGCGGCCUUGAAGAUGGUCGCGCCCGGCCCGCAAAGCGACAUUAACCGACAAUUCUAUGCGCAGGAACACGAGAAGGAGAUUGAGGAGGGCAGGGGAGCCAUGGAAGCAUACGAGAAGACCGACGAGAAGGCACGCGACCUGCUCAAGCGUCUGGCGCAGAGCGAACCCUACUACAAGAAGCAGCGGCGGAUAGAAGCAGAGUCGGAGGAGAGUGGACAGAAGGCACUGCCCGCGCCUGGUGGCGGUGGAAGUAGCGCAGGCGGACAUGUCCCAGGACCUAUACGGACGAGGGACUCGCGGGGUACUCCAGGCGCACGAGGAGGCAUGCGGCCUGGAAGAGGAGGCCGCGUGGGAGGUGCAUCGGCUGAGCCGAGCCCGCAAGACUGGCUGCCACCAUCAGACCCCAACGUCGUUUCACUAUUCGUCACUGGUGUUGAAGACGACCUUCCCGAGCACGAUCUUCGCACCCACUUCGUCCAGUACGGCCAGCUCAAGUCACUCAUAUGUUCACAUCGAGCACAUUGCGCAUACGUGAAUUUCGUCAAAAGGAAGGACGCGGAGACUGCGGCGGAGACGCUAAAAGGCAAGGUGGUAAUCAAGGGCUGCCCCAUGAGGGUUACUUGGGGCAAGCCGAAGCAACUGGACAGUCUGGAUCAGAACAUCAGGAUGCAAUACGCGAAGGAAGGACGACAAGCAGCAGGCCCAGCGCGGCGAGCGGCUGCAUCCCAAGCGGCCACUGAGGCAACUCCGCAGAAUAGCUUCGACAAUAUGGCUCCAGUUGCGCCCCCUCCUGGCGAGGACGAUGAGGUCAACUAUGCUAGCUUGACUGGCAACUAGGAUGAAGAAAUAUUUGGCAUUGGAUUGGCGUUAUUGUUGCAUG